AGUAAAAAAUGUGGUGUUAAUAUUUCAGUGUUAACCUAAUUUAAUCUAAAUAGAGUAUUUUUAACUAUAUGGAGUGUAAAUCGCCUCUGACAUCGGAGUUAAAAGUCAGAGUAAAAUGCUACAUUCACGCAGUGAAACUUUUGACUCUGCCAAGUGUCAAUAACGCGCCACGGUAAAGAUUUUUGGCAACCGCGAAGAGGAGGAAGAGGAAGAAAGAAGACGAAGCACCAGUUUUUUGAAGUUCGUGAGGCGGCUAUUUCCAUUUUGGAUUCUGAACGAACGGAGUUUUGCUACAGAAAAGGUAAGUAACUUUUAACAAUCUGGUGUUGGUAACGUAUUUUGAUAUUAAUUGUGAUGAAGAACGAUAAUAUAGCUUCUGUUGCUAUCCACUAAAUAUGUUCGCAACUAUUAUGCGGGAGUACUAGAGUAGCAAAUGGUUUUGGCACCAUGACUUGGUUUGUUAGUGGUGAAAAACUCCUCAAUGUCUCCUCAUUUUUGUUCCCGUUUUAUUCCAUUGUUCACAUUCAGGGUAGCGGGAGAAAGCCGAGGGAUAGCCCUAUGCUAGACAAGUUGUCCACCUCGAAAUAUUAGCUGUUUUCUUCCGAAGGCUUUCAAGCAGAAAAGUGUCAGAGUGAUGUAUGCUCAGGGGAUCUUUGCCCUAUUUCCCUAUCUGGAGGACCAAAACAUGGAUAUGAGCAUUACUAUGAUCCAGAGAGCGGUUCAGGAUACCUUGCUUGGCGUUUAAAGACUAUUCAAAGAAAAACUGCAGAGGAAAGGGGUGCCUCAGGUAGCAAAUCUCCCAAAAGUGGUGGACCAGGCCAUGGUCAAUCCAGGGUUUUCACUGCUGACAAAGUGCUGUCAGAUGAGGAAGUGGAAGCAGCUAUUGCUGUUUUGAAACACUCUGCUGAUGAUGACACUGUCCGUGAGAAGAUGAAGGCUACCUUCCAUUACCGUCAUUCAAUGGUCAAUGAUGAAAAGAAAGCAGCAGAUGUCUUCUCUGUCUUUCCAAGAUUUCUGGAGACACCAGGACUGAUAGAACAAGAUUUCAGACUCCUGUUUGGCGAAGGCACUGCCGAUAAAGUUUUGGAGAAGUGGCCCACCAGUCUCAAAUCCAAGGUUAUAAAGGAAAGCCAUGGCCUGGUACCCACCACUGAGCUUUUGGAUUUAUUGCGGAAUGCAGAGUUGGCUGCUGAAGCUGAGAACGGUUGGGAUAGUGACAUGUCUGCUAUUUUGCUUCUGCUGCAUCUGCUACCACCAUCUGCACAAGGACGAAAGAGGCCGGGUAAGAUGUCUGCAUCUCAAGCAGUGGAUCACCUCAUCAGAUUUCUAAAGGUUGGAACCAGUGUGCAGCAGCAUCUUGACAAAAUCACCCAACGUACCCAGCCCUACCUCCUUGGCCAGGGAUCCAUCCAAAGCAGUAUUCACCCAUUCUUCAUUGUGAUUGACAACUAUGCUAUUCCAUGUAAGGCAACAUGUUCAGUUGGAGCUCUUGAUGAGCUCUUUAAGACCCAUUAUGUGUUUGGUACGUCAUACAGUGCUCCCUUGACCAACUUAUUGAUUUAUUUAUUUAUUUGAAAUGCCUGUCUUUUACCAGAUCAAGUCUGUGUUCAUAGUUAAAGACAAAUUGUUGCUGCUUACAUUGCCUUUAUGUACAGUAUCUUUUUUAAUGAACAUUUUCAUGCUUAUGAAGUUACUAAAAUGAUGCAAGGUUUUGUUGUGUUUGAUGUCAGCCAUCUAUGUUAUCCGAAGCCUUUUGACAUACAAAUGUCAUAUGAAGCAAAUGACACUGCUCUUUUUGUUUGUCCCGUAUUGCUAUCUUUGGUGAACAUUGUUUUGAAGAUGGUUAAACUGACACUGUUACAGUAAUUAUGUCACUGGAUCAUAAAGUUGAAUAAAUGUUGUCACUGUGAACUUAAAACUUUGUGUUUAUUGUGAUUGGUAGAUUUUAUAAAAGCCAUACAAUGCUAAAAUUUAG